AAGGCCACCACCAUUACGCUUUCUUAUUUCGCGGCAGACUUACAUGAAUAGUUUUUGGUACCAUUUUUUUGUGCUACAAAAAUAUAAAAACUUGAUAAAUUUAUCAUAAAUUAGUAGAUAUGUCGGUCCAUGAACUUGUUAAGGCAUUGCAGCCUUUGCCCGCUAUAGAAAACACUAUAAGCUCACCGGCAAAAUCACAAAAUAAUGCUACACCAGCUAGAGGCAGACCGCCUGCUUCGUCUCGGGAUAUAUUUGUAAAUAAUGAAAAACUGGAAAAUGUUACACAUUCCGUUAAAGGUAAAAUGCCUAUCAAAGCGCCGGAUGAGUUCUAUAAAGACUUACAACAGUUCCAUGAUCGCAGGGGCACUCCUAUUAUGCAUACGCCAAAAAUAAGUGGCCGUGAAAUAAAUUUGCAUAUGUUAUAUACUGAAGUAAUUGAGAGAGGUGGUUUCUCAAAAGUAAAUUUACGUGACGAAUGGGAAGACGUUUUACCUAUAGUUAGUAAACUUCAUGAUAAAUGCGUUAAUGCUACUGCUGCUCUAAAGCACAUUUAUAGAAGAUUUCUUGAGAAAUAUGAACGACUUAAUUACUUUGGCGAAGAUCCAGAUAAAAUUGAAGCCUUAGAAGCGACUGAUUUACUCGACAGUGGCCGUUCAAGAUCUCGAUAUCCCUCGAUCUUUCAAAACUCAAGUGGGUAUAACACUGUUCCCAUGUCAUAUAACUAUCGGCAACAUAUAGUUAAUAUGGAAAGGCGUCGUGUGCAUAAGUUAUCAACAAAUCUAUAUAAAUCUUCACCAUAUGAAAAACUUAUGCUAUCAUUAUUAUCACCGUUACCAAAUGAACAAGACUUUGCUAUAAAUGCUUGUACGCUAAUGGCGAAUGAAAUGAAACAUACCUUAAAAGUAAAUGAAUUUCCUAAGUUAAUAGAUGCAUUAAUUGCACAUACAGGAGUGUAUCCUGACUACUCUAUGCGUAAAUUAUUUCAAUUUGUGUACAUGGAUGUUAGAAGACAUUCAUUAUUCAAUUUUUGGCAAGAUUUGCUUUAUGAAAAACCACAAAUAUUAGAAUUAUAUAGAGAUGAGAACACACUUCGACAAGCUGGCAUAAUUGGCGAAGAAGAUGACAUUGAGUUGCUCAAGACAACUGCAGGGUUGGAAGAAAAUCUUUCCAUGGACUUCCUUAACUUAGGUCGUGGACUUGGUACACAAGAUUACGUUGGUCAACGUGUAUUACAAAUAUUAUCUAUAUUACGAAAUUUAAGUUUUCAUGAGGAAAAUUUAUUUAUUUUCGCCAAAAAUCGUACUUUAUUGCGUUUUCUUGUUAUGUGUGCAAAUACGCGAUGGGGUAAUAUACAUAGCCAAGCGCUUGAUAUAGCCGGCAAUAUAGCUUCUGAACUUGAUUUAAUUGACCCUUCGUUAGACGAUUUAUCUCGUAGUUUAAUGGAAACACUUUCCGAAGGUAUAGAAAGUGAUGAUCGUUGCGUUAUUAUAAGUAGUUUGGAAAUACUUUAUAAAUUAUGUCACAAUGAUAAUAAUGAGGAUUAUAUACAUAAAUGUCUUAAUAUAAAUUUUUAUGAGAAAUUGUGCAUGCUUUUGUGCCUUAAUGAUAUUAUGAUGUUGAUAUUUACGCUGGAAGCAAUAUAUGCAUUGACAUCACUUGGUGUUCGAUCAUGUCAUUUAAUAAUGCAAGUGAAAGGCCUUGUCGAUCAACUUGUAUCCCUAAUUACUGUGGAAGCUCAAUCAUAUGGAGCCGGUGGUUGCAUAUUAAUGCGUGUUGUUGAAACAGUGCCUGGAAAUAUGUUACCGUUGGUUGCACAAAAUAUUGCAAAUUUACAAAAUGCAGCUAUACAAAAACAACAGAUUCAUCAUAUUACACCUCUACAAACAAAGCCACAACUUUUGGUGAGUGAUCAGGUACAACAACAAAUAGUUCCUGAUACUCAACAAGUACAACCACAAAUAAUACAAAAUUUUACACAAGAUGAUGAACAAUACGCUUUAGCUUGGUUAAGUGCAACAUUUGAAAGAGCAGGAACAAAUGAUAGCCGGGUCGAACAACAAGAACUUUACCGAAUGUAUGUAUCUCAUUGUCAAAAGGCUGGUAAGAAUUCCGUUGUUGGUCAUGUCCAAUUUCCUCGGCUUGUGCGUCUUAUUUUUACAAACACUGUGGGACCCGCUAUAGUACGACGAUCUGACGGUUCUGAAUUGCCAGGAUUUUACUAUAUAUCAAUACGAGUACGAGCUCAACCUCUACCAAUUCAAAAUAAAGUGACGCAAACACCGCCUAAAAGCACUGAUAAAAAUAAAAAUGAAUUAUCUUCGGGUAGGAAAAUUAAAAAGAAAUUAAAGAUACAAGACCAACCGCUGUUAAUUCAACAACAAGAAAUAAAGUCUCCAAUUAAAGCCGAGGAAGAACAACUGAAUGUGGGAUUCGAAACUGCAUUUGCAGUUUCAACAACAGCAGUAGCUACAAAAGUUAACAAUACCAUUUCUACAGUUUCAACAGGAGAUCAAAACAGUGUAAAUUCGGCUAUAUUACCUUCAAACAACAUUGUAAAAAUUGAAGAAUCAAAUACUUUACCAAGUUCUCUAAAAUCGGAGACAAUCAUGCAAGAUUCAAUGAAUGCAACUUCAACUGAAAGUAUAGCAAAACAGACAGAUGAAAUAACAAGUAAACAGCCAAAUUCAAAUAUUGUAUCAACAAUCCAUCAAACAAUUGUUAAAGAAGAAGUCCCUACAACUACUAUACAAACAAGCAAUGCCCAGCCAUCAUCAUCUCUAAUAAAAAGCUUACUUGCUAAUAAAGUGAAUCAGCGACAACAAAAGCAAAAGGAGCUAACAGCAACAAACGGUGUACAAAUAAGUUCUCAAAUGCCAACAACAGCAGCAUCGACCUCUCAACAGCCCAUAAAAGUUACUAGCACUGCGAUUAGUCAACUUGUUAAUAACCCUUUAAUGCAAAAUACACCUGUUAAAGUUGGCCAAACUACUAUAAAACCACUUAAUCCACAAGUGUCUUUAGAAAAAAAAACAAUUACAGAUUCAGUUCCACCACCUUUAGCUCCAUUAAGUGGGAAUAAUGUUGCAAAAGACUCCAGUGGAAGAUCUGUAAUUAUAGCCAAUCAAAUGUUAGUGGAAAUACUUGAUAAAAAACUAUUGGAUCCACCAAUCCCAACUACGAUAAUAAAACGUAAAAUAGAAGACACAUCAAAUAUUGGACAUGAACAAGCAAAAAGGUUAGCUCUUGACAGUAGUGAAUCUGCUAGAGAUGAAAUACAAAAUGUUACGCCUUCAAAAAAUGCGGCAAAUUUAUAUGCCGAAAUGGCUGCAUCUAUUUUAGAAGACGAAGAACUUGAUGAUAUACCACCAUUUCUUCCACAACCCCAAGGACAACAGCAAUUACCCGAACAAAAUACGCAACCAUCAUUAAUUGUUCCAGCAAAAGUGCAACAUACGUCGUUGCAAACUGUUCAGCGUCAACUGAUGUUUCAAAAUCAACCACCACAAUUAAAAUUAACACAAGCAACGCCUCAACAUAUGCCGACAGCCAUGGCUACUAUUAAAACAGAACAAGGUCUACAAACUGUCCCAGUUAUAUUACAGCAAAAACCUAUUGAACAGCCUCCACCACAAAUAAUACAACAAGUUAUGCAGCAAACUACACCUCAUUCUACACCGCCGACGCAGUACGUACUUGCUACAAAUCCAAAUGGGCAAACGUAUUUAGUAGCUCAACAAGCACAACCUGCGCACCCUCCAACAACCCCUACUCAAACUGUGCUUGUAACUCAAACAGCACAACAACAAAGUACAGGCACUAAAACAAUAAUCAUUUUACAGCAACAACCGAUAUCAUCGUCCGCAUCACAGCAACAACAACAAAUUAUUACUGCAACUACAGCCAAUGCACCAAAAAUGAUUAUGACGACACAUCAAGGUCAACAAGUUAUUGUAACUCAACGAGGCCAUGGUCAAAUAGGAACUCCAACACAGCAACAAAUUUUUAUAAAUCCACAAACUGGAGCAACAACUCAUAUCCAACACUUACCGCCUGGUGCCACUCAAACGCAAUCCAAUAACAAUAUAAUACAACGCCAAAUCAUUCAAACUGCUCCAGCGCAGCAGGCGACAACUACGUCACAACAAGCUGGACAGAUAUCACCAUCAUUGUUGAAUCAAUUGAAUCAUAUACCGGCAACAAUAAAACUGCAUCAACCACAAGUCACAGUACAGUCCCAACAACUUACUCACCAACCGGCAACUAUCUCGAGAAUCGGGAAAUCAGUAUCAAUAGUUCAAAAUACGACCCCACCACCACCAAUACAAAUUCCACAACUACAACAACAUCAAUCGAUUAUACAGCAACAUAUAAUAUCUGGCCCCGCAGAAAAAAGACAGGUAAUUUUAGGUGGUGGACGUGCUAUUGAAAUAAAAGAGACUCUAAUUACUCAGACACAGCCUUCAAUGCAACAAACGCAACUUAACUCACAGACGAUUAUAACGACACAACCUCAAACACAACAACAGCAACAGAUACGUACUGUUAUCGAACAACAGCAACAACAUCCCUCCAUAAUACAGCAAAAAAUUACUUUGCCCUUGACGCAUACAGGAAUGCAGUCAAACUCCACAAUAAUAACACAAAAGAUAAAUGAAAACUCAUCGUUAAUGCAGGGAACGUUACAAUCCAAAUCUGCACCACAGCAACAAACACCAAUACAGAGUGUAGUUUCACAAAUUGGAUCAACGUCAGCAACAAUUACAACUAUUAAAAAGCCGAUCCUUCCCCAAGGAACCACACAAAUUCAAAAACAAAGUUCUUCGGUCAUACAAAUACAACAAACACAGUCAAUAGCAAAUACUUUAAAGCAAACUAGUUUAAUCCCACCACCCCCAUUAGCUGUAAAUUCCACAAAUUCAAAUAUAACAACUACAAAAACUCCUACUACAAUUGCAACAACAGCAACCAUCAAAACAUCGAACGUAAGUGUAAGUGAUGCAGAGUUUAUUAAUCAGUUAAAACCAGAUGAAUCAAACUUAAUAGCCGAACAAAAUCAAACUUCUGGAGUUAUACAUAGCACACCUAAUACAUCAAAUACAACAGCAGUUAAUAACACAGUUUUGACUCCAGUUGCUUCAACAGUUAUAAAUAGUCAAACAGCAAACUCUACACCCAUAUCAGCACCGUUACCUUCCAUGUCUUCCGUAGAUAUUAAUUGGUUGUAUGUUUGUGAUUGGCGUAAUUGUCCACGAAAAAAAUUCAAAUCUUUAAAUGACUUACAACAUCAUGCAUGUACUGUACAUUGUCCUGAUCAUUUAGAUGCUGGCGCUGAAAUAUUCUGCCAAUGGGGAAUCGGCCCAAGUCUUUGUGAUGGUGUGCCCCGUAAACGAUAUUCACUUAUGACGCAUAUAAUUGAUCGUCACUUAACUCAGGAAAGUUUACGUAAUGCUGUUCAGCGCCGUAUUGCAACUGGUUCUAUUAAUGUGCAAUCUACGCAAUCUCCUGUUACAAUAGUGCGCAACUUAGAUCAAACUCAACGUGGGAAUACCGCUUCACCAGCACUUUCAACUUCUUCAACCAGUUCAUUGCCAUCAACGGGUAGUUCAGCAAUGCAAGCCAUCAAGCGACAUACAGCAGACUUCGUAAAUUCAAAAGAAUUAAUGGAUGAAAAUGAAGGUCCUGUAACUAAAAGUAUACGCCUUACUGCUGCAUUGAUUUUACGUAAUUUAACUACAUAUACAUCAACAGCAAAAAGAAGUUUACGUCGCUAUGAGUCACAUUUGGCUAAUAUAGCGCUAAGCAAUGUAGAAUCAAGUGGAACCAUAUCAUGCAUCCUACACGAAUUAAAUAAUUAAAAAUUAUGAGAACUUUGAUUAAUGCACUAUUAACAGUUUUAAAUGCAUAAAAGAAUUUGCUGACCAUAAU